GAGCUGCCCCAGCGGGAGCCGAGGCUCCGGAGCGGAGCGACAGCGGGCCCCGGAGCUGGAAGGGAGUAGCCCGGGGAACCGGACCCACGGACUCGCGGACACGGACACGCAGCCUUCCCUGGCCCGGGCCCAGCGCCCCGGGCCGCCCAUGGCCCGGCCCGCCGCCCUCCCGCUGUUACUGCUCUUGUUCCUGGGGACCGGAGCCCAGAAUGUCCAAGUUCAGAUACCAGCUGAGGUUCGGGGCCUUCUGGGAAGUGAUGUGACGCUCCCCUGCCACCUUCAGUCUGGGGAACCUCAGAUUCGGGUGUCCCAGGUAAUGUGGCUCCGCUGGGACAGGUACGGGGGCAGCCAGAGCGUGGCCGUUUUCCAUCCCAUACACGGUGCCAGCUUCCCGAAUUCGGGGCCCUAUGACCAGCGUAUGUCCUUCGUCACUGGAAACUCCCGGGAAACUGAGGCGGAGCUUCGGGACGCCAGCCUGCUGUUGAAGGGGCUGAGGGCUGAAGAUGAGGCCAACUACACCUGCGAGUUUGCUACCUUUCCCUGGGGGAGCAGCAAAGGAGCCACUUGGCUCAGAGUGCUGGCUGAGCCGAAGAACCAUGCGGAGUCCCAAGAGGUGACGUUGGGUCCGGACCCAACGCCCAUGGCCCGAUGUGUCUCCACGGGGGGACGUCCACCCGCCCGCAUCUCCUGGUUCUCUCCCCUGCUGGGCGAAGGCACUGAGGCCAGAACAGCCGGGCCUGUGCCUGGCACCUUCACAGUCACCAGCCGCUUCACCCUGGUGCCCACCCCUCAAGCAGAUGGGGCAAAGGUCACCUGUAAGGUGGAGCACGAGACCCUCUCGGAGCCUGUCCUGAUUCCCCUCACCCUUUCUGUGAAAUACCCCCCUGAGGUCUCCAUCUCCGGCUACGAUGACAACUGGUUUGUUGGUCGAGUUGAGGCCACCCUCAGUUGUGACGCCCAGAGCAACCCUGAGCCCACAGCCUACGAGUGGAGCACCACCAUGGGCUCACUCCCCCCAACAGCUGUGGCCCAGGGACCUCGGCUCAUCAUUCGCUCGGUAGAUGAGUCAGCCAACACCACCUUCAUCUGCAGCGUUGCCAACGCCGUGGGCACCAGUCGUGCUGAGCAGACCAUCCGAGUCAGAGAGUCCCGUGACACAGCAGGUGCUGGUGCCACCGGUGGUAUCAUUGGUGGCAUCAUCGCAGCAAUUAUCACUCUGGCCGUGGCUACCACUGCUAUCCUGAUCUGCCGGCAGCAGCGCAAGGAGGAGGAGCUACGUGGAAGACCUGAAGAAGCGGACGAAGAACUCGAAGGCCCUCCUGCUUACAAGCCUCCACCUCCUAAGAUGAAACUGGAGGAGCCAGAAAUGCCCUCCCAGCUCUUCACCCUAGGUAGCUCGGAACACAUCCCUCUGAAGACCCCAUACUUUGAGCCCAGCAUCUCAGCUCCUGAACAGGACAUGCCCCGGUACCACGAGCUGCCCACCCUGGAGGAGCGGGCAGCCGCUCUUCCCUUGCACCUGGAGGAGCCGGGUGAUGCUGCAGGAGAAGAGCGGUUCCCUCUGGAGGAUAAUGAAGACUACCUGGACAAGAUCAAUCCCAUCUACGAUGCUCUGGCUUAUGCCACGGGCGAGGCCUAUCAAGGCAAGGGCUUCGUCAUGUCUCGGGCAAUGUAUGUGUGAGCCUCCCGCCUCCAGCCGCUGGACCCUGGCAUCCCCUCGACCUCUGCGAUGGAGACCCGGCUCCUGUCCUUAACCACGGCCUCUGCCACGACUGUGACUUAAUGCCUGACCUCCACCUUGUGGCCUUGACCACCCGCCCAGGAGCCCCCGGACUGUGGCUGUGGCCUCGGUGGGGGAGCUCUGAGCCAAACGCUCCCCCGCCCCACUGAGGACCUCUCGUGCUCCCAGCCGCCCUCCGUCCCCACUGCCCUGCCAACCUCUCCCACCUGAGCCCAGACUUGAGCCCUGGGCAGCACGAUUCCUCGGCACACACUGUCCAGUCUUCCUGCAGGCAGGAGAGGCCGGGGUGCCUGCCUCCAGCCCUCCCCCGGGGGCCCAGGGAGGGCAUGGCCGGUGCUUGGGGAUCCCUGGAUGUGUGUAUGUGGGGGGUGCGAUGGGCUGGCUGAGCUGGUCCUGCCCCCCCCCCCGGGGGAUGUGUGGGGGAGGGGAACUGAGUUUUAUACACAAAUGUUUCCUAAUAAACACAACUUUUUACGUCUA